AACGCACAAACUCGAUUCCCAAGUUUUCAAAUGUGAUAGCUGCUUUUCGAUAUCACUAUUUCCCUUUCAGUUUCUUUUGUAAAUUUUUUAAUGUUUUACGAUCGCGGCGCAGCGAACAUUUAGCAAAUGCUUUUUCAUUUUUAAGCUAUGAUACAGUAAGAAAUUUCGAGAUAUGGGCUUCCUUACCGGUCGCUAGUCUACUGAAAACAAACGGAAUUGUCGCGCUUUGGAUAACUAACAGUCCGUCUAUAAAGUCGUUUGCCACUGAGCAAUUAAUCAGAAAAUGGCAGCUGAAGCUUUUGGCCUCCUGGACUUGGCUCAAGGUAAAUUCAGUCACUCGAAGUGGACGACCUGUGUGUGAGUUUGGAGGAGACGAAUCAAAAAAACCUUUCGAAACAUUGCUUAUUGCUGUGAAAAAAGUAGGCAGUCCAAGUUUAAGAGAACUGCCGAAAGAACGCCUGAUCAUCAGCGUGCCAUCUGCCGUGCCGUCUCGAAAACCACCGUUACGCGAAAUUUUACAACCGUGGUUGCCGAAAGAUUUCAACUGCCUCGAACUGUUUGCGCGCAGUCUACAGCCGAGUACCACCAGUAUCGGAUACGAGGUGCUGAAAAUGCAAAAUAAAGCAUGGUUUGUUCCAUCAACCAUCCAUUAG